AUGCUACGAGGGCCCACUUUGGAACCGCCGUUGCCACGACGGAAGAAAUGCCCGGAGCUCGCGUACAAGACGCACGAGUUCAUCACGGCGGCCGAUGGAGGUGGCAUCGACGCCGUCGAUUCGAACGUCGUAGCUGACAAAGUUCGGGAAGUGACAACGCAGUCGGGCUUGCCGCCGAGUCAACUGAGCAAAGCGAUCUCGCGGAUCAGCACCGAGUAUCGGCUGCAGUUCGCCUGGCCUAGAAGACCUCAGCUGACGAACGGCGAGACAGUGGCACCAGGAGUCACGGCCGCGGGAGUUCCUGCAGGUACGACCGGACCACCUAGAAAGUCUCUCAGCAUGGGAGCUCUUAAGCAGGGUAUCGCCCCUACAGGACCUGCCCCGGUUCACAAGAAACGACCCGGUGAUGUGGAUCACAAGCGUGACGGAAUGCAAGCGUCGGAGUUGGAGCCGUUGGUCGGAGGAACUGGAACUGACACCAUUGACGGAGUGGUGCCCGAGGGUGACGAGCGCGAAGAGGACAUGUCGGACUUGAAAAUAGCUUUCAGGGGUAAAAAGUCAGGUAGAACCGUAAGGAUAUUGGAUGAUAAGGGGCUGAGCAAACCACAGGAGAAACCGUUUCCUACCGCCGAAGUCAUCGAGCUUAGACGACUCGCUGACGAGUACAAGCAUCGCGACUGGGGUUGCGGUCUGGCAGCCGAGGACGAGGCUUCGCUGUGGAAACGAGUCUCCAGUAACCACGCUCUCAACGCGCUGUCCCUUGCCAGGUCGGUGACGAAGGAAGAGAAAGAAAAGGAGAACACGAGGAAGGUCGCCCCGGUUACUGCCACGAUGACUAUGCCCCCCGCUGGCCGACCGUCUUCGGUACAAGCUAGACCCAUUCAUGGAAUUUUGCAGGACGAUUCUAAAGCGGACACGGAAAGAGCCAUUGCUCGCGCAAGAAAAGAUUUCUUGAUCCGCCAUCAUUUGGAUCGUACCACUGGCGUAGGUGACGGCGCACUGCUUCCCUCUCCAACGAGAGAGAAGCUGGAGCCCGUGAUACCACGGCGUCGGGAGGAAACGAAGGAGCACCGUGAAGAGAUCCAGCCUAAGACCAAAUCCAGCCCUAAGAAUAGUCCGAGAACUGGUCGUUCUCAGAGCCUCGGUCCGACUGUGACUGAACGUCGAUCACCUAAACGUCAACCACCGCGUGCACCAUCCGUCACUAAAGACGCCAAG